UCUUUUUGAUUUCACAAUCGGAGUGGAAGUUACACAAAACGACGGUUUGUGUACUCGUUUGAGAUUUUUGUAAUGGAGCGGAGGAAAGACAAAUUCUACUUUUUGAACCGCACGUGUUGACGUGAGUGAAGUAAAAAUACAGAACUGUCGGUGUGAAUUUGAUGGGAAAUAUUUAAAUAUUUUCAAUUUAUAAAUUUUCCGUGAUAAUAAUUACCUGGAUCACGUUCGUAUUUCGCCAUUCCAAUUUCCAAAUUUGAAAACUACUUUAACAUUACACCGGUUUGGAUUCAAUACAGAUCGGUUAAAACGAGGCUGACCGUUUCUGUCAUCAAUUUGUCACAAGAGAAGCUUUUUUUCAAGAUGUCACACCAAGAGCUCGAAAACAAAUUUCGACAAUUAACACUGGGAGCGGGGUUGGAUACUUUCAGUUCAAGCGGUGGUGAUGUGGACGACAAGAAAGGUAACAACAUCGGAAGCCGAAGUAAAGGUAUAAGCGUCCCUUUCGAAGGAAAAUUGAAAUCAAUGUUGAAGGAGCUUUCGAACGUAAAAUGGGAAACGGAACCACUCACUGCAGACAAGUUUAAGGCCUUGGUACGUGACAUGCUGAAAAGCUACGGACAAGAUAUAGCAUCUCAAUUACUAGAAACGUCCAAUAUCCAAGAUAAAAUUACAAAUGCACUAAUCGUUCUCAAAGUUCUGGCUGAAACACCGCAUCCUAAAGCGGAACUGGAACUGGAGGUUGACGACAGCAAUGACAAACAACAGCUUAUCAACACUAUGAAACCAAGAGAUUUAUUCUGGGAUAUGAUCAUUACACCAAACCUGCACGACACUUAUCACUACUUGGCUCAAGUUAUACAGUACUGCUACAAAAACCUACAAAAAUUUUCCUGUACUUUGUUGAUUGAAAAUAGAGACCAUUAUCAGAGUACAUCGUCCACAGGGUUUGCAAGACAUCAACUUUUGGGACUUUUACAAAAAGCAGUAAAAACCUUGUUAGUUUUUAUGAAACGGGACCUUAUAAAUGUCAGCUCCAGUGAUGGUGCUUUUGAACGAGAGGAUAGUGUUAACUAUCUGGGGGAAAGCUUGUGUGAGUUUGUGAACAGUGACGCCGAUAUGGGAAUAGAUAUUCGAUGCAGCAUCGGUUUGGCAAUUACCGGUUUAGUGUUGUAUCGAUUUAAAGGAUGGAAUCAAAAUGUUGUGACUUAUUUCGAAAAAUUAUUUGAUGGCAGUGAUUAUCUGCCGUCAUUAGAAAAAGAAGAAAAGAAAGAUGUUGUAGAUCUUUUGGAAAAUGUACGCAGGAUAACGUCCAAGGAUGUUAACAAAAUAAGCGUCGCUACCGGUAUCCUGUGCUAUGUCGAGGUUGAAGAUGUUAGCAUUAAUGUGGCUGAAUUAAUUUAUCUUAUUGCCAAGCAUAUCAUGGAUCUCGACCAUGGAACCAAGGAGGCAUUAAAUCUGGGCACUGCAAGAGUAAUUGAAAUGCUGACAGACAAAUUAGCCGACCCAAAUGCGUCAGAGAAAAUACUAGAGAAAGUGUCGACACUUUUUGGGACAAUAGAAUUUUUUAUAUUUAGUUACAUUCCUGGUCAUAUCGAUGCGGUAAAAACGUGCUGUCGAAAUAUAUUGGGUUCGCUCACAAAAAUUUAUGUAAGAAUAGAAGAGCAAGGGAUGAAUUUUUGCACUUCGCCAGAAAUGAUUGAAAAUUUGCUCAAGAAAAUCUUAUCUAAGGAUGAUCAUGUCAGAUGGAUUGCUUUAUCUUGUGUUACACGAAAUUCGUCUGCAUCCGUGAAAGUAUUAAAGUUGGAGGAACAUUUACCUGUCUCGCUACUGUGUUCUAAACGAUCUUCUAAAAAUUCGGCCAUUGAAUCGUACAUUUCAUUAAUGUCGUACGAUUUUCCUUUGAGUGAUCGGCAAACUUGGGAGCAGCGCUGGAUUCUCCCUCUAUUUGAAGUGCAACCAAAUCAAAAUCACGAAUCAUGGGCUCAGAAAAAAAUAAUAAUCAAGUCCAUUUUGAAACCUCGUGAUAGAUUUGCUCAGAAUUUGAAAAUCAUAUUGAACCCCCUGUUGAAUUUUGUAAUCGAAAGAAUGAAUUCAGCACAAAAUGGAAGAAAAGAUAUUGCGGAGUCGACCCUACUUGCUGCCGAAACUAUUAAAAUGGCAUCAGAAUUUGGAUUACAGAUUGAUGAAUUUGAAAAAAAUAAUGCCAGCGACAAUAAAAACACUGAAAAUAAUAAUAAGGAUUCGUUUAAAGGACUAAUCCCCCGGAAAAUGCUUAACUCUUGGUUGUGGCAUUCAAAUCCACAAGUCAGACUGGCAGGUGCUUCCCUAUUGAUUGAAACGAAAAAAACUAGCGAAGUUAUCCUUGCAGAUGAUUUUGAAUCAUUGAGAAUUUUGUUCAAGUACAAUUUGAUGAGCCAGAAUCCAUCCUUUCGACAAGAAUUUAUGUCGUACUUUAAAAAACUAAUUCUUAGACUGAGGGAUAGCCAAGCGCUACUAAGACGCAGCAACGAGGAGAAUGCCACUGCAUUGAAGCAAUAUGAAGAAUUCUUUAUUUGGAUUUGGAAUUUUUUCACGGAAGACGAGGGGAUAUUUACAGGAGCAAAUUUUGGCCGAAGAUGUUUGUCUCUUGAAUGUCUUACUGAACUUGUGGGUACUUUUGGCGACUUGUCAAUUUUUAGGGUCAAGUCUGACAAUCUCAAAUACUUGUCCUGGUUGAGUGAUACUUAUGAAAACAACAAAAUUCAUGCGUCUGAAAUAUUACUCAAGUUGCCAAUUCCUGCCUUCAAGGAGGAAACAAUGUGUGAAAAACUUUUCAAUGAAUCUGUAACCCUUUGUCAAAGCGUGAAGCCUCCGGAUUCUGCCACUGGAAGAUAUUUGAUGGCCUUACUCAUGAGAAAAACCGAAAUUCCCAAGUAUUCUCCAGAAAAUAUUUUAACUGCUCUAUAUCAAAAGCUUGAAGAAACGUAUGCCUCAAUUUGUUCAACGUCUCUACUUGAAGUUGCCUGUGCUCGGCCUAUGUAUGGUUUGAUUCGAGGCAUUCGAAUGAUUGUAUGGGCUACGGCAGAAAACUGUCAACGAAACACGGAAUUUUAUCGGAGUUACUUUGAAAAAUUGAUACCUCUGCUCCUGAAAUACGACGAGAUUUUGUUCCCCUUGCUGGGAAAUGUUGCCCCAGAAGGUUAUCUCCCUGGAUUACCAGACUCGGCUGAUGAUAAUUCUCAAGUUGUGCGAUCAAUCACGGCCCAAAUGUUGCUGGUGUGUUCUUGGAGAUCCAUGCGGGAUAUCUGCCUCUUGUUUGCGGAAAUAUGUGGCCUCCUCCCACUUGAGGGUGAAAAGUCAACAGGAAACAAUCAAUUCAUCCUUAGUUUUGACCAAGUUUCGUCGAUAGGAUACCACAUGUUGUAUCUAAUGAAAAAUUUAGUUCAUCGAGGAGUUUUCGAACAAGUUUUUGUGGGAUUUAAAACUUUGGCCAGUCGUUUGUGGGCUUCGUCAAAUCCUAAUCUAUGCGCACUUCCGUCCAAGUGGUUAAACGAAGCGAUGGAUGAAGAGCACAUGAGUUCAAAGUGCAUUACCAGAAGAAGUGCUGGGCUACCGUUUAUAUUUCAGGCUUUGUUAUCUGCGGAAUGCGACAACUCGACAUUUCUUGGUGAUUGGGUAACGCGAUUAUUUGUCAGAGAUGAAUCUCCAAUCAAUUCAGUAGUCCGUAUUCAUUCGAUGAAUGUUCUCCGUGCGUUGUUCAGAGAUACGAUAUUUUCAUGUGCAAUGAUGCCCUUUGUCCCGCAAGGGUUACGAAUUGCUUUCAGAGGUUUGAAAUCGAACGACUGGACCGAAAGAAAUGCAGGUCUGAUGCUUUAUGGAGCACUUAUUAGAAGGACGUUCGGUCCGAAGCUAAAUCUUAUGAGUGCACCCACAUUUUUUCGAAGAUUUCCCGAAAUGUACGACUUCCUUCUCGGGGAACUGGAUGUGUGCCUUAAAGUUUUGAACAUUUCUUCAACGAGCUGCUCUGCUGGCACUGGUGAUGGGAGUCAUUCAGAAGUGAUAAGCAUCAAUGGUUCCGAUUUCACAUUUCACCUUCUUUUGCUCCUGUCGUCGUUCUCACCCGCCGGUCGCGUUGAAGAUGAACACUUCAAACUUUCCGAGUUUAUAUUUAAGCUAAGACAAUGUGCAGCCUGUUCCGACGUUGAAGUACGCAAGUUGGCAGCCAAAGCUAUCAUUCCAUUCUUGAACGGUCCGAACGAUUAUUCUGUCGCUUUGAAUAUUAUUUCUGAAUUAAAGAGAACCGCAAAUGUUGAUAAAUUAUCGUUAAAUCAUGUUCACGGGAACUUGAUCCAGAUGGCCACAAUUGUGAAGUAUAUAACGAAGGAAAAUAAGUGUAUUGAAAUUAUGUCCAAAGCUCUCUCAGAACUCCUGACUAUGGAAUACUUCUCCAGUAUCAAUUGUCCUACAAUUUUUGAAGGGAUUGCCGACGUAAUUUUGGCGUUUGAAAAUUUUGAACACCAAAUGCUACAAUUUCUUUAUAAUAUGCUGACAAGCGUCUACUACAAGCGCUACGACAACUCGAAAAUUCCUUCGCGGAACAUCGUCCCUGGACUUUUGAAAGCGGAUGCCACGAUUUCGAAGGGAGUAAUUUUGUUUACCAUGUCAUCGUUCGUAGCAGACAUGGAUUUGAGCUCUCGUCUUUGUGCAACGUUGUACCAUUGGCUAACUUCGUGCAUGAGUGUCACCUUUCUUGAACAAUUAAUGGAAGUUUUGUGCAACACUGAGAAAAGCAAAUGCAUUUUGGAUGUAACGUUUAACGGUUUGGAACCUACUUCCGCAGUUUUAUUGGAAGCUUUGAUAUCUUGCUAUGUGAAAAUUGAUAUUAUGUAUGUUGGACAGUCUGUGGUAGAACUGAAAUUUUUAAAAUUAUUGUCAAAAAUAAGUGACGGUGCUUUUGAGAAUUGUUUAAAAUCUCGACAAGAAGAAAUACAAGACUUGACGGAUCAAUUUUUAAAAAGAUUGAUAAGUAUUUGCUGCACGGAGUUAUCCGCAGCAACAACGGAACAUAAACGCCUUGCUUUGAUCAUGUUGUGUAAAUUAACAUUUGGAACGGAAAUUGAAAUUAAACAGGAAUAUCAAGAAUUGCUAUGUUUGAAGUUACUUGAAUGGACCGACUCUUCCAUGGAUGACGACUUACGACUGGGUGCUGCGUUGGGCAUUCCUUCCGUACCUUUGAGUGGUCCACUUUUAAGACUGUCAGUCAUAAAUCAAAGCAGAAUUUGGCUUACAGUGUUAAACUUAGCACAAGAUGACGACUUAGAGUUUCGAAGUAUUGUUAAUGCUAAAGUAACUAGCACUAGCUCAGUUGCAGCUUGCGAUAGAAAAUCGCUGGAAAAUUUGGUGCAAUGUUUUCUUGAAAGUUUUGUCAAGGUUCACCCGCUCGAGGGGUUGACACUACUUGUCGGACUAUUGCUCAAGGAUGAUUUUGAAAUUACAACCGAGGAUGCGCAUGACGAUGAUGAAGGAAGACUAUUUGACAAAAGUGAGAUGAACAUGUUUAAGGAACCAAUUAUAUUGGCCAAAGUCAUCAAGGAGUAUUUAGUGACGCAUAAACUAGAAAAUUCUUUCCAAACUUAUUUUGAACAAAAUUUGACACCCCAACUUUCCGAAAUGUACGAAUUGGCGAGUAACACAAAGCUGUACAUUUGCAGUCCUACGUUAAGCACAAUAGUAAAUGUCAGCCGGAUGAGGCUUAAUUCCGACCAAAUUGACGAAGACGAUAUGCUAAAUAGCUCGCAUGAUAUAUUUUGUACGACGAAUAUUUCUAUCGGUAGUGCAAUUCAAUCGAUAGUUUUGAAUAUUUUGACUGAAUCCUUGUUAUAAUUUAUUAUUGACUUUAUAUAAUCUUCUGAAUUUUGUGAAGUAAAUAAUAAUAUAGGUAUUUAAUAAACGAAACUUUAUAAUUCUUCAAAAUUA